GCAUAUUUCAUACCGGAACUGACACGUGUAGGCCUGGCAGCUUCUUGCAGAACCGCGUGACGAGGCGGAGCUGAUUAAAGAAAAUGGACGAUAAAAGGGAGCCUCGACUAUAUUUAUCACGAGCGGCGGUGUCUCACGGGACAAACAGAGGCGAAGGAGCUACAGGGAAGCCAGCACACACCACACAGCACGCACCAAAACAGCCACAGCACACACAACAACCCACAAUGCAUGAUACGAAAGGCAGAGAAAGAAACUUGUAUAAUGCACACGAAAUUCACACACAGGCUACAAUAAUACCUACACAAUAUACACACAACGCAGCAAACAAGCCACAACUCACAGGACAUGCAGCAACACCGAUGCAAUCGACGCAUUACAGUUUGAAAACAACACAACUCAACCUAAAACCAGAGAACUUUCAGCAAAAACUAAACAAGUCUACACAGAUGCCCGAAAAUCUAAAAUACAGACGACAGAAGUCAACACAGACGGCAAAACGGAACCUAGCGAAGACUACAAAAUCUACGCAAGUGCCACAAAACUAUUUUCAACUACAGAAAUCUACACAGACGCCAGAAAACGCAAAACAAAAACUGGUAGCAACGUGUACUCAGAUGAAAAUACAGACACAGGUAACACAGACGUCAAAGCAUCCUAAAGAAAAACUAGAACAGUUACUACCAAUCCAAGCAGACCCAAAAGGAACAUUUGGGAAACUUGAAAAAGAAAAGCCUAUUUUCAAGAUACCAGAGGUUUCUGAAGAAACACUAAUAAGGCAUUUGGGAACGAUACUUGACCAUUCCAAAAAAGCAGAAGCUAGAAGAGAAAAAGAUGAGUCUUUGGAAGAGGUACAGAAGCCUUUGAGAAACAAGACACAAGAGCACACAAAAGAAACAGCUCACCCUUUCAAAAGCCUGCACUCUACCUACUCAUUAAAUGAGCCAGACCCUUCAGAAGAUGCAGUGCAAGUUACAGGAUUCAUAAGACCAAGACUUUUAGAACAGAGAGCAAAAUAUUUACGAGAGGAACGGCAUCCACUCAAGAUCCUAGUUCAUAGCAUGGAGAAGCAAACACUUAAACCACCACAGCCUACUGAGCGAAAGCCGAAGUUACUGCAGGUUAUACAGUACAUACUACAUUCCACCAAAUACACAUUCAGACCUCCACAGCCUAUAUCCCACAAACCCAAGCCACUGCAACUGCACCCUUGGCAAAAUGUGUCGCAAACCACACAGCCAAGGCAACAGACCCAGAACCAAGCAAGCCCUUUGCAGAACAAAGCUGAGGCAGACCAGCAAACAAGAGAACCACAACCGCCAAUAGGAGUAGAGAAAGAUAGGCUAACUCUGCUUAUGGAGGGUAUUUAUGGGGCAAGGGGGGUAGAGACAUGUACUGAAGAUGAAGAUAUGAUGGCUUUCUUAACACCGACAUCUAGCAGAGAGGUCAAAGAUAUUGUAACUUUAACUAUGAUGGGAAAUGAUGAGUGUAAAGAGAUUGUGACAAAUGAGAGACAAUCUGAACAUGAGGGAAAUCCAGCUAGACCUGAAGAGAACCUAACUGGAGCUGUGAUGGGGAAACAAUCUGAACCUAAGAAAGAACCCAUAAAACUGAAGGGAAUAUUGAAGAAGCCUAAGGAGGAAACUGAGCCUGAGGGAAAGAACCUGAUUAAACCCAAGGAAAUAGUUAUGAGGAAGGAACCUGAAUCUAUGAAAGAAUCUAUUAAACUCCAGGGAAUAUUAAAGAAGCCCAAGGAGAAGGAAACUGAACCUGAGGAUGAAAUAACGGUGUCUAAGGAACAGCCAAGAAAGGUAAUAUCAAAGAAUAAAGUAGAACAAAAAAAUAAUAAUGAAAAUUUGAUUGAGCCUGAGAUAAAAGUAAUAAUGCCAAAAGGAAAAGAACUAUCAAAGAUUUCAAUGCAUCCUAAACCAAACUUGCUUUCAGAUUCAUCCACAGUGUCUCCUAAGAAAGUAAGACCCCAGUGCACCUCAAGAGUAAUGGAUCUGGAAAAGGAAAUGUCUACUGAGGAAACAACAUUCAUCAAAAUAACACUGACAGAAAAGCCUAAAUGUCAAGAGAAUGAAAGAAGAGAGAUGCCACCCGUCUCAUUCUCCAAGAUAACACCGACAGAAAACCCUGUGUGUGAAAAGGAUGAAGGAGAGAUGCCAUCAGUCUUAUUCUCCAAGAUGAUACAGACAGAAAAUCCUGUGUAUGAAGAGGACGAAGAAGAGAUCCCACCUGUCUCACCAGUCUCAUUAUCCAAGAUGACACAGACAGAAAGCCCAACAUGUCAAGAGGAUGGGAUAGGAAGAAUACCACCAAUCUCAUCUGCCACUAUAGUUACACACAUAGACUUCAAUGAUCCACACCCUCUUACAUCUCUUCCACAAGAAUCUCAGGCUUUGGAGACACAGCUGGAUUCACCCUUGUUGGAGAUCCUUGACUCUGAUCCACAAAGCAUCAAUGAGAGUGAUGUUUUGUACUGUCAUCAAAGAGAAACUGAGUCACGGGAUAGUGCAAGACAUGAUCAGGAGACUAGUUCCCCAACAUCAGAUCCCAAUGAUUGUACAACAGGGGAGCUGAGUGAUGAUACAAGUGCCUACCUUACAGAUGACCAAGAAUCUUCAGCCACGUCACAAUACUCAUCACCUGGCCAGCAGGACAGCAAAGAUUACAAGCUGGAUAAGUCCUGGUUUCGAAUGUAUCAAUAUUUUAGACGCAAGAACAAACUCGAGGAAUUGUACAAAAAAAUGAAGAUAGUUCAGCUCCAGCUCACCAAGCAGGCCAAGAGGCUUCAAAAGACAGUGAAUGUGCCUGGGAACAAAGAGGAUUUGACACACCAAGUACAAAAUUUGAAUCAGCAAAUGGAGUCUGAGAAAGUCAAUCUGAGAGCAGCCAUGGAUGAAGAAAAGAAACAUAGAAAAUGCUGUGAAGAAUUAUCCAAUAAUCUGCAGGGCAUCAAGAAAGAGAGGAAAAAGCUCCUCUCAGAUAGGGAGUUGUUGCAAAAAGAGAUUAACCUUACCCAGCAGGAAAAAUUUAAUCUGGAUGCACGCAAGUGUUACCAGCAGUCCUUGCCCACCUCAAGGCAGGAGCAGAAGGGUGAAUACCUCAAGAGGUAUGAACAUGACCUCACCCUCAGGGUCAGCAAGGCAGAUGAAGCCGUGGAAUCCAACCGAAGGGAAAUAUACAACAUGGAGAGAAAUCAUGAUGUACUGGACGCCAAGAGAAGGGAGAGCCGGCGCACCAUCAAGGCAAUCUCCUGCAAGAUGAUAAACAUCAAGAAAAAACAGCACCAACUUGUGGAACUUCACAACAACAUUCUGACUGCGAAGACAAACACCCACAAGAUCAAGAGAUUUAGAGCUCAUGCCAAGAACAUCAAGCAACAGGUCUCCAGGCUCAAGGAGGUCAUCAGCACAUUGCAGAAGGUGCCAUCUGACAAGUGCCACCACAUUCCAACACUGGCAGCAGCACUUCCAGAUAUACAGAAACAAACAAUAUCCUGGAUGGUGACUGAGCAGAGCCAAUGCCAGGAAUCCAAGGAGCAAGAGGACCUCUCUGGGCACCACCUGCUAGUAGCCUCUGACAUGUGGAGGGUCUCUACCUUCCAGUCAAAACACAGGCCUCAGAAGACCUCAACAAAAUCAUGGACAGUGGAGCUGAGGGAUGCAGCUCCAAGAUACGUGGUGAUCCGAGUUGACAGGAAUGAUGUGUGGGCCGUGACUGACAACACAGGAAAAAGCAGAUUUGAAUAA